GACCUGAUGGGCCCAGGAUGGGCCGGGGGCGGGUCCAUUUAAAGACCUUGGGGCAAAAGCGGUCGCUGUGCGCGCUUGGUGGCCAGACAGGUGUAAGCCCAGCUGGGCUGGGUCCUCCGCGUCACCGAGCCCAUCUCUUGGGGGAUGGGGUGGGCUGUGUUUCCUUGACGGACUUUUGAGAGCUCGCAGCCCCCGGCGGAGUGGAAACCAUGGCCUCUCCUCAGGGCUCCCGGGCCCCGCUGGAAUUCGGAGGACCGCUGGGUAAUGGGGCAGGCAGAGGGAGUACCUGGAGCCAGAGCCAUAGCGAGGGAGAACCGGUGGAUUGAGCUGCGAGCGGGGAUGGGGGCAGGAUCUGAAGAUGAAGGGCUUUGAGGGGUAUCGGGAGGCAGAGGGAUCUAGGGGCUUGCGGGGGAGUGGAGAGGGGGCUGAGCAGGAACCAGCUCUGGGGGGCUGCAGAGCGGGGGAUCUGUGCAGUGGAGGACUGGGCGGACUAGCGGGAGCAGGAGCAGGCUCUUCGAGGGGACCAAUUUGGAAGUCAGAGAAGGGGCCCGAGGGCUGAGAAGGGGAUAUGGAAAGCGGCGAUGGCUAUGCUGCGGGGGCCCUGGAUAAGACAGGGCGCCUGGGGGGGGGGGGGUCGGGGAAAGAGGGAGAGCGGACCCCCGACGCGAUUGCCCCCUUGCCCAGGCGCCGCGGUGCUGCUGCUGCUGCUCCCCGCCACCAUGCUGCACCUGCUACUGGUAGCCCGCUCGGGCCCGGCACGUCUCCUGGGCCCACCCCCUUCGCUGCCGGGACUCGAGGCACUGUGGAGCCCGCGGGCGCUGUUGCUGUGUCUCGCCUGGCUCGGCCUGCAGGCGGCGCUCUACCUCUCGCCGGCGCGCAAGGUGGCCGAGGGGCAGGAAUUGAAGGACAAGAGCCGCCUGCGCUACCCCAUUAACGGCUUCCAGGCCCUGGUGCUGACAGCCCUGUUGCUGGGCCUGGGGGUGUCAGCGGGGUUGCCCCUGAGCUCGCUCCCGGAAAUGCUUCUGCCCUUGGCGUUUUCGGCCACCCUCAGCGCCUUCAUCUUCAGCCUCCUUCUGUAUCUGAAGGCUCUGGCAGCCCCUGCCUCAGCCUUGGCACCUGGGGGCAACUCAGGCAAUCCCAUUUACGACUUUUUCCUGGGACGGGAGCUCAACCCGCGCAUCUGUUCCUUUGACUUCAAAUAUUUCUGCGAACUGCGGCCUGGCCUCAUCGGCUGGGUUCUCAUCAACCUGGCCUUGCUGAUGCAGGAAGCAGAACUUCGGGGGAGUCCCUCACUGGCUAUGUGGCUGGUCAAUGGCUUCCAGCUACUAUAUGUGGGUGAUGCCCUUUGGCACGAGGAGGCGGUCCUCACCACCAUGGACAUCAUACACGACGGGUUUGGCUUCAUGCUGGCCUUUGGGGACCUCGCCUGGGUGCCCUUCACCUACAGCCUGCAGGCCCAGUUCCUGCUGUACCACCCGCAGGCCCUGGGCUUGCCCCUGGCCUCAGUCAUCUGCCUCAUCAAUGCUGUCGGUUAUUACAUCUUCCGUGGAGCCAAUUCUCAGAAAAACACCUUCCGAAAGAAUCCUUCUGAUCCCAGAGUGGCUGACCUGGAGACCAUCCCUACGGCCACAGGGCGGCGGCUGCUGGUGUCCGGGUGGUGGGGUAUGGUCCGCCAUCCCAACUACCUUGGAGACCUCAUCAUGGCUCUGGCCUGGUCCUUGCCCUGCGGGGUGUCCCACCUGCUGCCCUACUUCUACCUCCUCUACUUCACUGCGCUGCUGGUGCACCGUGAGGCCCGGGAUGAGCAGCAGUGUCUGCAGAAGUACGGCCUGGCCUGGCACGAAUACUGCCAGCGUGUGCCCUACCGAAUUGUGCCCUACAUCUACUGAAGCAGCUCCACGCACCCCAGGUCGGGCCACGUGCCUAACCAGCUGCCAGCACACCCAGCACCAGGAGCCUGGACGAUCUGGGAUUUAAGGGCCUGCACCCUACCCUGCCCUGAGCUCCCACAAGCAGGGAUGAAGCAGCCUGAUAGGUGGCUGGAGCAAGGGGAAAUGAAGCUGGUGCCCCAAAAGGGAGCGGAAGGGCUGUUCUUCCUCCUUGGAUAAACAUCUGGAACACUU